AUGAAAUUCGCUCUCCCUCGGUCGGCGUCCCGGUUCGGUUCCCUUCCGUUUGUGUCGGUUAGGAGGAAUGGAGGAUGGUGGUUUUGCAACAGAUGCCAGAACCAGGGACGGUCGUCGCCAGUGGAUGUUCUGCUGAGCAAAAGGCAAUAUCAUGGCACAUAUAAUCUGCGCAAUUCGAAAACGAGUCCUCACAAUAUCGAUUUUUCGGGGGCUUUGAACGCGGCGAAACGGAAUACAUCAUCAUCGUCAUCAAAGAGGACAAGGGCAAUACAGCUGGCCGCCGCUGGUGGCACUGUAGCUGUUACGCUAUUUGCUUUCUGGGAUGAUGUCAAACAUACUUAUGCGGCUGCAGAACGAACUGGCAGGGUCGUCACCGCGCUUGCAAUUUGCAUUAAUGAUUACCGUACGACGCUCAACCAAACCGGCAGUUCGGAAGAAGACCGAAAGGCAAUGCUAAAGGCAUGCCAUAAGCGCUGCGCAGAGCGGACUUUGACUGUGCUUGAAAAGAACGGUUCCAUAUUCAUCAAAUUGGGUCAACACCUGAGCAGCAUGGGUUAUCUUCUUCCGCUGGAGUGGACAAGCACAUUUAUUCCAUUGCAGGACAAAUGCCCCGUUUCGUCCUUUGAAUCGGUCCAGGCCAUGUUCCUCGCAGAUACAGGACAGGACGUGAGCGAGCUCUUCUCGUCAUUCGAGUCGAGCCCCAUUGGCGCUGCAUCGCUUGCUCAAGUACACAUUGCAACACUCAAGGAGACGGGGCAGAAAGUCGCGGUCAAGGUCCAGCAUCCGGCUCUGGCUGAAUGGGUCCCGUUGGACUUGGCCCUGACUCGGCUGACUUUUUCCACGUUGAAACGCUUUUUCCCGGAAUAUGAUCUCGAGUGGCUAUCGAGGGAAAUGGAUCUUUCGUUGCCGUUAGAACUAGAUUUUCAGCAUGAGGCUGAAAAUGCAAUACGCGCAAAGAAAUACUUUAAGGAGCAUUCGAGUACCCCGUUGGUGAUUCCGGAGGUGAUGUGGGCCAAGGAGCGAAUCCUGGUUAUGGAAUUCAUCUCUGGGCACCGACCAGAUGAUCUGCAAUACCUCGACAGUAACGGCAUUGACCGAGACGAGGUGUCGGCCGCAUUUGCGCAUAUUUUCAACGAAAUGAUCUUCGGCGACAACGCGCCUCUCCACUGCGACCCCCAUGGUGGCAACAUCGCCAUCCGCAAAAACGACACACGCAGUAAGCCGAAUUUCGACAUCAUCCUGUACGACCACGGCUUGUAUCGCGAUAUUCCAAAGGAUCUGCGUCGCAACUACGCCAAACUGUGGCUUUCAGUGAUCGAAGGGGAUGAACCGAAGAUGCGCAAGUACGCCCGCGAGGUGGCUGGUGUGUCGGACGAGCUUUUCCCAAUCUUUGCCAGUGCAAUCACCGGUCGAGACUAUACUGUUGUGUCUCAGAAGAAUAUUGUCUCUUCGAGAAACAGUGACGAAGAAAAGAGUAAUGUCACAAACGCUUUGGGUGACGGGUUGCUUCAACAACUAGUUGAUCUUUUGGGAAAAGUCCCUCGUAUUAUUCUUUUGAUUCUUAAAACAAAUGACCUCACCCGAAGCCUCGACGAGAACCUGCACACUCGCCAAGGCCCCGUACGCACAUUCCUCAUCCUCGCUCGCUACGCGACACGAACUGUAUUUGAAGAACAAAUGGAAAUAAUUUCCAUGAACGGCGGCAUCUUGAAGAUUGCCAAUUUCCUGCGCUUUAUCUCUGCGUUUACAGCAUAUGCUCGCAUUGAGCUGAAGCUGAUGGCGUAUGAGAAGUGGCUUUUGGGACAACCCCUUCUUCACAUGACACGAACCGGACAAUCUCGGGUCUUUUCUACAACACUUCAUGCACAAACCUCCAAGCAAGAGACUCCCAAAACCCUGGGCCGACAUCCGAGGCUAAGCAAAUCCCAGUCAAUAACUGCCCCCCUAGCAGCAUUCACAAUGGCCCUCCUGCUCGGGUCGUAUUGUAUCAGCUCCAUCCGCGCAGCUCGGCGAGAAGCGCGAUACCACCCUUCAUCGCUAUCAUCGCCUGACGAGAGUGUCGCGGCGGGCUCGAGUUCGGGGUCGAACGUCACGUCGGCUGCAUGGGUUGCAAAGGCGUUGGAGCAGGAAAAGUUGGAGAAGGAGGGUGGUAGUAGUAGCAGUGGCGGCAAACCAAGGAGCUAG